CCGCCUCGACACAGUGCGUGCCCCUCGGUGCCAACGAAGAUGGACUGGGAGGAUUCCAAGUCGUCAGUGUCUCGGCCGGUGACGACCGGGAGCCGUCCGGUGACCCGAGGAGGGAGGGACGAGACGGCCGACGUCGUCCGCCCGUUCACCCAGCAGACGCUCAUGCAUCAGUCGCGCCCCACGACCUCUCAGGAAUGGGGCGGUGGAGACUGGGAAGACGGAAGACGGAACACUCGCGACGCCAGCCGCCCCGUGACCAGACAGAGCAUCGCAAGACCCAUCACCCAGGGCGGUCUGGGUGGAGGAGUGGGUGGAGGCGUGGGCGUGGGCAUGGGUGAGGACGGUCGUCCCAUGACCCAGCAGAGCCUCUACGCCCGACCCCUCACCGCCCAGAGCCAAGCCUACCGCCCGGGGGACCUCGCCUCCCGCCCCGCGACCCGACAAGGCUCGGCUCGACCCACGACCGGCAGCGACAGGUCGUCGUUCAACCGACCCGUGACCGGGCCCGGCACGGCUUCCCGGCUCGCAACGCAGAUGUCCCUUCGACCGACCACCCGACCCGCCACCGGUCUCAGUCUCAGCGCUCAGCUGAACGUGGUCGACCGCCCCAUCACGCAACAGGGCCUGACGGGCCUCCGCACGGCCGGGUCCCGCGGCCCCCAGCGCCAGGUCCAGGACAAGAGCUACUUCGUCGGGCUCCUCCGGACCCGGAUCCAGGAACUCCAGACCGAGAUCGGGAAGAUGAAUCGGGAGAUGGAAUCUCUGAACCAGGAGCAGUCCACCUAUCUCAUCUACGACAAGCGCGUGAAGGAACUCGCCUCUGAGUGGAACGACUUACAAGGCGAGCUAGCAGACUACAAUCUCCUGGUGGACAAGCUCAACACGGACGGCGACAAGGAGGAGAUGGAGGCGGAGAUCCGGGAGCUCAAGGAGAGGAACGAGGAGCAGGCGGCGAAGGUGGAUCAGCUCUUCCUGCAGCGGCAGGAGAAGGAGCGGGCCAUCCAGCAGCUGGAGAACGACAUCGAGCAGGAGAGGCACAUGUCGGACACGAUGAUCGCUGCGCUGCAGCCAGCCAUGAAGGAGAAGUACUCCGAGCUCCAGGGUGCUAACACUCGGCUGCUGGCUCGGUUCGAGGAGCUCCAGCAGCAGAUAGAUGCGCUUGAGACGAGGAAGAAUCAGCUGGGGGUAGAACUCUCCCUUUCACAGGUGAAGCAAGAGGCAGUGGGUCUCUACGCUCAAUUGAGCGAAAUGCAGGAGCAACUCAACAAACUCCAGUCCGAAGAUAGUCAGAGGGGAACUCCGGAGCAAGAACGGGAACGCCUUCUUCUCCAAGUUAAGAACGACAACGUGGAAAUCGCGAGCAUGGAACGACAAGCAGCAGGGCUGGAAGAGGCAAUCAGGAUUCUCAAAGAUGAGCUCCUUCAACUAGAACAGGAAGUGGAAGAGAGCCAGAGCGAACGAAGUCAGAAGUAUCGGGAACUGCGAAGACGGGAAGAGACGAUGGACGAAUUCCUUGACAAUUUCCAAGCGACAAAAGCGAACGAAGAGUCCAGGAUCUCAUCCCUGGAAGAAUCCAUCGUGCAACAGCUCGUCACGACCUCUAGGAAUCUAGCCCACUUCACCCAUCUGCCCAGGUACGAAAACCGAGAAAUCUCUCCUCCAAUCGCGGCGAAGGCCAGUCGUAGCUUCUCCUCCAAUCGCGUGAGGCCCAUGGAACACGCGCUCGUCACGUGCUCGCAGCCUCCACGUGCAGAGAGCGAUACUUGGAGGCCUACCGAUGCCGUUCUUUAUCCUUUUAGCGCGGGCGAUUUCUCGGCGAUGAAGGAGGAUCUGAACUUCAAGGAGGGGGAACUGAAUAAGGCCCGUAAUACGGUGGAGGGCUUGCAAGAGGAGAGGGUAGUCCUUCUCGCAAGUCUCGAAAAGAUCGAAACUCUCGAGGACAAAGUGAGAGAGGAACUGACGAGCCUCAAAGCCAAGCAGAAGCAGAUGGAAGAGGAUCUGGUCACUUUCUCCGACGUCAAUGGCCUCCGAGAAAAGGCUAAAGCAAAGGAAGAGUCGCUUCUGAAGGAACGAGAAAGCCUUCGUCGAGAACACGACGCCAUGAGCAAGACGGCAAACGAACUCCAGGCAUCAGUGAACAAACUCAAGGCCGAGCUGAAGGAAAGCGACGCCUGGACCCAGCUAGAGAACCUGGAGAAGAAGUGGGCCUCGCAGGAGCAGACGAACUUCGCGAUGCGGACCUACAUCUCGAGCAAGAAGGCGGAGGGGGACACGAGCGCGCUCAAGCACGGCGUCUUCAAGAAGAUCGUCGAGUAUAACAAGCUCCUGCAAGAAACCGUCGGCAAGGGGCCCAAGUGAUAUCUGGCAAAGAUUUCUCCGAAUAUAACGU